AAAGUGCCCGGGCGGCGCGGCGCGCGGGAGCUCGGACCCGCCGGGAUCUCUUCCCCCCUCCCCCCCUCCCCCGCCCCCGCCCGGUUUGCAGCGCGCGCCGCCGCGUCCACGCGCACCCACGCGCACGACCUCGCGGGGGGGGUGCACUCGCGCGCGCGCCCCCUCCCCCUCCCGCGCGGCCGCCUGAGGGGGAGGCGGCGGCGGCCUCUUCAUCCUCCUUAUCCUCCUCAGCCUCCCCUCAUCCUCCGCUGCAUCCCGGUUCACCGUCAUGGCCCAGGCGGGGCCCCGGCGCGGCCACAGAUAGGGGGGCUCGGCCUCCCCGCGCACGCCCGGGCCUCCACCGACCCGCAGGAUACCUGUGAUCUCUCGUAUGUGGAAAGAACGCUAGCAGAAAGGUGAAAAGAUGGGUGUUAAAACAUUCACUCAUAAUUCCCCUGCGCACAGUCAGGAGAUGCUGGGAAAGCUGAACAUGCUCCGCAACGAUGGACAUUUUUGUGAUAUCACCAUCCGCGUCCAGGACAAAAUCUUCAGGGCGCACAAGGUGGUUUUGGCAGCCUGCAGCGACUUCUUCCGUUCCAAACUUGUUGGCCAAGCCGAAGACGAGAGCAAAAGCGUGUUGGACCUGCACCACGUGACAGUGACGGGUUUUAUACCUCUUCUGGAAUACGCUUACACAGCAACACUAUCUAUUAACACAGAAAACAUUAUUGAUGUGUUGGCUGCAGCCAGCUACAUGCAGAUGUUCAGCGUUGCUAGCACGUGCUCAGAAUUCAUGAAGUCCAGCAUUUUGUGGAAUACGCCCAACAGCCAGCAAGAGAAGGUGCUGGAUGCGGGACAGGAGAACAGCGCAAACUGCAAUUUUACUUCUCGAGACGGCAGCCUUUCUCCAGUCUCUUCCGAGUGCAGCGUGGUGGAAAGAACCAUUCCCGUUUGCCGAGAGUCACGAAGAAAGCGCAAAAGCUACAUAGUUAUGUCUCCCGAGAGCCCCGUUAAGUGUAACACACAAACGAGUUCCCCCCAAGUGCUGAAUCCUUCAACUUCUUACCCGGAGUCCAGAAAUCAGCCCGUGGACUCGUCCUUAGCUUUUCCGUGGACUUUUCCUUUUGGGAUUGAUCGAAGGCUUCAGUCUGAGAAGGUGAAGCAGACGGAGAACUCUAGGACUUUGGAAAUGCCUGGGCCCUCCGAGUCCAACAGAAGAAUUGCGGAUUACGUGACGUGCGAGAGCACAAAAGCCAGUUCCCCCCUUGUGAUCGAAGAAGACGUGCGUGUCAAAGUGGAAAGGUUAAGCGACGAGGAGGUUCACGAGGAAGUAUCGCAGCCUGUUAGCGCAUCCCAGAGCUCGCUGAGCGAUCAGCAGACGGUCCCAGGCAGCGAGCAAGUGCAGGAAGAUCUCCUGAUCAGCCCACAGUCAUCCUCGAUAGGCUCGAUAGACGAGGGGGUUACGGAGGGAUUACCCACACUCCAAAGUACCUCUGGCACUAACGCUCAUGCAGAUGACGACGAUCGUUUGGAGAACGUUCAGUACCCCUACCAACUCUACAUUGCUCCUUCCACCAGCAGCACAGAGAGACCCAGCCCCAACGGUCCGGACAGACCUUUUCAGUGCCCAACCUGCGGGGUCCGCUUCACUCGCAUUCAGAACUUAAAACAACACAUGCUCAUCCACUCAGGCAUUAAACCAUUUCAGUGUGACCGCUGUGGGAAAAAGUUCACCCGAGCUUACUCGCUAAAGAUGCAUCGCCUGAAGCACGAAGGUAAACGCUGUUUCCGCUGCCAGAUAUGUAGUGCCACUUUCACUUCCUUCGGGGAAUAUAAACACCACAUGCGGGUUUCCCGGCAUAUUAUCCGCAAGCCUCGGAUUUACGAGUGCAAAACAUGUGGCGCCAUGUUCACCAACUCUGGAAAUUUAAUCGUUCACCUGAGGAGCUUGAACCAUGAAGCGUCAGAGCUAGCAAACUACUUCCAGAGCAGUGACUUCCUAGUACCGGACUACUUAAACCAGGAACAAGAAGAGACCCUCGGGCAGUAUGAGCUAGGGGAGCAUGGCUUUGAAAGCAACUCUUCUGUCCAAAUGCCUGUCAUUUCACAGGUGUCGUCAACUCAGAAUUGUGAAAGCACUUUCCCCUUGGGGUCUCUGGGUGGGUUGGCAGAGAAGGAAGAAGAUGUGCCAGAGCAGCCAAAGACUAACGCCACUGCUGAGGCAGCCGCAGGUGACCCUCCGAAACCGGAGCUGUCAUCGAUUACUAUUGAAUAAUUCAUGGUUUGGUUUCAUUUUUGUUCUUUGGAAAGUGCCUGUGUUUGGUCCUGUACAUUUUAAUUUAAUUUUUUAAAAUGAAAGUGGGGAGAUUUUCCCUUUUUACUUUGUAAGCUAUGCUUUAAACGGAAAACUGCAACAGAUGUUACGUUAUUUUUCAUGACUGAAUGAUCACUUCUGUGAAAAUAUUUAAGACUGAAUGCACAAAAAGAACCUGUCAGAACAUCAUGGAAGCUGUGAUACACUUCUAAAGAAGAACAACCGAUUCAGAUCACUUUAACUAUUUCUUCUUCCACAGUUAGAGCAGCUCAUUAAGUUUCUCUUGCUUCUGCAGGCCCUCUGGUUAAGGGAAAGAAAUCAGAGGAAACCUUUUUAAAAUGACAAACAAAAGGAUGCAUUGGAAAUCAUUGUUGAGCAGUUUUGAGUGGAUGCUUUAAUCUUCUGCAUAAAAAAAUGACACUUCCUAUCUCGGUGCCUGCUGUUUUUUCAGAGCGCUCACUGUAACCCUUUGCUUGGAAACAGUAAGCGUUUUGGAAACUAACAGCCACACGCUUUUUAAAAACACAUCGUCCCUUUUCAUCUCAGAUGGGUCCAUUUCGACAAACCCAAGUGAUGUCAUGCCAGGUAUUCCUAGUUCUUAUAUUCCAGUCCUUUUAGAAACUGCUUGGUCAAUAACUGAUUUGCCCAUCCAAGGUUAGGCAUGGAAACGCUACGGUCAGGAAAAGUCUGCUGGUGCAUAGUGAAUUGAGGAUGGUAGAAAAGUGUAUAUCCGUGCAAGCCUGACAAAUAUCUCAUGACUGUAUCUUGCUGUAGAAGGGGAAACACAUCUGAAAAUGAAGGUUUUCCCAAGCUGAAAUUCUUAAAUCACGGCCAGGUUGCUUGCAGUUCUGGUCACUUCCCCCUAUCACAUAUACUGUAUUUUUACUAAUCUCCAAAAUCUAGCUAGAGGGAGUUUACAGAUGGGGAAAAAUGAGCUCUCUUGUGCAUUAUUGCACAUUUUUUUUGUUUAUACAUAUGCAUGUAUAGUCUCUGAGAUUUUUAUUAGUCUGUUUUGGACAAAAUAAGCAAUUUAUUCUCUUUAGAGGCCAACUUUCUAACCCAACAGGGGGUUGUUUACAAAAAGCCUAUAUAGCAAUGAUGAAUUAUUCCUGUUUCAGAACGUUUUAAAUCCUUGCCAACUCGGUUUAUUAAAGGCCAUUACUCCAGCUACAUACACAGCUCAAGUAAGCAAUAAAUUGAAAGAUUUGCAAUUUCAUUUUUCCAUAUUUAGAAAAAGCUGCAAAUGCAGGGUGUGGGAUUUUCAGCGCAGCGAGUCUUGUUUUGUCGAGGCUGUUUGGGCUACGGCACUGCUUUGAAACCUAAAUUAGGAAAUACAUUAGGAGCUUUGUGAUUUUUCUUAUUGCUUCUGAAAUUAACUCAGUGUUUGAUGCCAAAUGCGUAUCGCCUGCAGAUGACGUGCUGAGCGAGUGGGCGUUGAUCUUAGUAUUCCAGAGGCAUCGUCUACUCCCUUAGUUUUGAAUCUUGGUUUUUCUUCUUUUAAAUUGCUCUGUUCUGUCCAGUUUCGUUUUACAUGAACAUGAGGAGGAAAUACAACCGAUAGAAAAAGGUUGCUCACGAAGAAACAGAAGACACAAAAGUCUUAUUAUAUUGCAAGAUCAAUUUGUAUUCAGUUAGCUUAGGCAGCUCCGAUACUCGCUAGGUCCACUAGUAAUAGCCAACUUUUGUAAGGAAAAGCCCUUUGGAAAGAGCUUAAAGGGUUUCAGUGACUUUAACAAUUUUUCUCUGCUGUGUUUUAGGUAAAACCCAUACUUCUUAGUUAAAUAGAGUGAAAACAGUUGGGAUAUAAGGCCUUUCCAAGUUGCUGGAAUUGAAGUUUCUCCACCAGAUCCAAAGGGUGUUUUAGGAACAUGCUGCAAAGAAGUUCUCUGCUACAAUCCAGUCUUGUCUGUCUUAAAAGGGCUUGAAGGAAAAAUUCUUUCUUUGGGGAUACUGUGCUGGAAUUAGUCCAGUGCCUAUCGAUGGGCUGAAUUUAACGACCAGUUCUCUUCCACUCUGAUUUCUGUAGCUGAGAAGCCAGCGAGACAAGACAAUGCCUUUUGCAGUCUUAUCCUGAAUUAUAGGGCCGUGACACUGAACUCAAAUACCUGAUUUUCCUUCUUUUCUGAUAAGCAUUACUCGACUCUGCAGGUGUAUGAUGAUCCUCUGUGAUUGAUAGAGUGAAAAGCCCUUCACAAAGAAACACAUUUCCCGACUGUACAGGUGUGUUAAACAAAGGUGCUCAGGUGUAGAUGGACAUAAUCUGUUAGAAUCUGGUAAUUUUCACCCAUUAGAUAUUUUGCUAAUCGGUUUAUCGGUGAGGAGAUGUGCAAAUACAGAAUGGACAUAUCUAGAUACUGGAUUUUUAAGACUUAGAAUUUUGUGUCAGAAGGCGAACUGCUUUCUAAAUACCAAAGAGAAGGGGAAAACAAAAAGACUUUGUAGCUCUAAUCUGUUCUUUUUUGAAAAGAAAUUAGUAUCAUUAACUGUUAACACCUUGGUACAAGAGUUUCAUUGUUCACUGCGCUGUGAUACACAUUAUCCUUUCAACCCUGUAAUCUAAGUGUAACAUCUUAAUUUAGUUCUCACUUUUCAGACUGAUUCAACUGCAGGAACAGUAGAGUUCUUAGAAGAUUUUGUGUGUUUGUUUGGUUUAGAGUUGAGUUUACUUGUUAAUUUUCCUGUUUGUAAGUGUUUCUUGUUAAUAUCACUUAUCUCCUUAGAAGUGAACACAGAUUAAAUACAAAUUCUAUUUCUCCUCCCUAACUUGGUGGAAGUGUUCAGUUCUUUGAAAUGCUGGUGUUCCUCACAGCAGAGAUGUAAAACCAUAGGACAUCUUAAAACAAUCUCUAUUGCCAGUACCCUAGGAUUCCAAAUUGAGUGAGAUAGAUAUCUUAAGUUAGAAGAAACUUGCCUUAAACUACACUUGGGAUUAAACCUAAUGCAUACCUUUCUUUCAGUACGUUAUCAGAGGGUUCUGAACUCUGAGGGUUCUGAACUUCUGUAUUCCUGCUUGACAAGGAUCACAGAAUCACGGCAGAGUUGAGAUUGGAAGGCACGUUUGCAGGUGAUCUAGUUCAACCCCUGUGCUCAAAGCAGACUCAACCAGAACAGCUCGCUCACUCCGGUCAGGUCUUGAAUAUCUACCAAGCUGGAGACUCCCCAGGUGCACUGGGAAACCUGUUGCAGUGUGUGACCUCCCUCCUGUAUCAAAGGUUUUAGAGUGUUUAGAUGGGAUUUCUUGUAUUUCAGUUUGUGCAGAUGCUCUGCUCCUUUCGGCAUCUUCGUGGCCUUUACAAGUCAUUCAAAAUUUCUUCCAAAUUGCCACGUGUGACCCAUUGCAGCACUUUCUUUGUCAACAAGUCGUCUCCAAAUUAAUUCACAAAGCGAUUUAUGCCUUGCUUUUACAUAACCACCUCCCCCAUGGCACCAGUCUUUGGGAAAUCCUUUCCUCACCCAUUUAUUUUGCAAGCAGAGUGCCUUCACCACCACAGAACUAGCAAGGUUCUGCCGUAUGCCAGGGACCCGUGUUCUCGGAAUCUGUGCAGGGUUUUUACUCCUUGCCUAUUGUUUAGAGCAGUACGUCAGAUGGGAACAAUAGCGAAGGAAGGGAUAGGGUUUUUCCUGAAUUAAAGUGGCAUUUGGGGAGAGAGGAAAAAAAAUCAGAGGCUUUCUCUUUCCCCACCAAGAGUGGAAGAAAAAGAAAAAGAUGUUUUAGCUCUGUGGGAAAUUUGGCCAAGUUCUAAGGGUUUGUUUAGUUUUAUUCGAUGCAGGCACAUAGCACAGCUCCCCUGGAUACCCGGGGGAUGCUUACACAUUCAGCAAAUUAAAGCUCUCUGUCAGAACUGCUUGUCACUAUUCUUACACCACGUUAAAAAAAGAUGUGUGUUCCUGAUGAUUUGUCUGUCUUAAUACAGUUUGAGUUGGGUUGUCAGGCUCGCAGAUACUACGGUCGUGUCUCUCAUACUGAGAGAUUAGUAGACUGGGUUAUCGAAAAUGGUUCUGGGUUCGCGUGUAUCUUGAGUCUAAAAGGUGUGAAUUUAAACUUUUUAAAAAAGUAAUAGCUGCCAGUGCAGUAAAAUAUAUUUUAUAAGACUAUGAUCCCUAUAUGUCCCUUACGGGAUGGAAUUUUAUUGUUUUUAAGCUACGGUUUAACGUUUUUAUAUGAGGGCUUCAGUCGCUUCUUGGUCGCUGGCUUUCCCCUCCAGCCCCAGGAUGCAAGAGCACUGAGAAUAUUGCUGGUCUUUCUCCAAGACCAACCAUGAAGCAUUUUAUAUGCAAAUAGAACGGGAGCUUCGCGCACCCUGCAGGGAUGGAGAAAAUGCAGAUGCGGGAGCACCUGGUGCUCCUAGAUCCAUUGCAACUUCCACACCAUCAGAAUACAGAAAAUAGCUAAUUUUCGUUCAGAUCGAUUACGUUGGAGUUUUGCUUACAAGGUGAAAACCCAGUUUUGCAGGGUUCUCAUCUACAUAAUAAAUUCCACAGCAUCUCGAUGACAGCUAAGAGGGUUCAAGGCCGGAUGGUGCCUCAGCCACAUCAGAGGUCCCCAGUAAAUAGAGUCGGUUCAAAGUAUUUGAGGAAAUGUACCAGAAAAAAGAAAACAAAUGUGAUUUUAUUUUUUAUUUUAAUGCAACAGUACGUACUGCUCUGGGUUUUUGUUAACUCAAUGUGUGCUAUCACAGUAAUUCAGUGGCCCACAGGUCUCAAAUCUGGUUGCACUAAAAUAAAAAGCCGGAUCAUUGUCUGGUGCUGCCAGCCUGUGUGGCAACUGGACCUACAGUCUUCCUGAGGGUUGCUGCGGUGCCCAGAGGAGUGAUUUUUGUUUAACCAUUCGUUUAGCAGAUGCAUGCGUUGGAUAUUCUGACUUCUAGCCCUGGCUACACCACGUUCUUGGACAGCUUCUUUGCCCCCGUUCCUGCAGUGCCUUCGCUCUAGGUGCUGCCCUACGGUGAAAACCCCGAGAGGGAAAAGAGUAAGCUGGAGUUACAAAAAUGUGAAUUAAAUUAUUGUUGGGCUUCUUUGUGCAUUUUAGUAACAGUGAAACCCCCUUAACUGUGCCAGUCUCCGGUCACCAGCCGUAUAUCCAGUCGUCAUCUCAUCCACAGUACAGCUUCUCUUGUUGACGCUGGCCACAGCUAGAUUACUUGGCAUGUUUAUUGACUUAACAGAAUUGUUUUUUGGUUUUUGGUUUUGUUUUUUAAUGUAUACGAUGUUUAAAUACACUUCACAUUUUAUAUAAUACUAUCUGGCUAUUAGUAUUUUUCAGGAACCAUAGUUCUUGGUGGCUAUAUAUAUUUUUGUGACUUUUUUUGUAAACUAAGUGCCGUUUCAACGUUACAAUCAUUUUUAGAGUUAUUGUAAUCAAUGUGAAUAUCAUGUUUUUUCAAAUCUGUUCUGAGCCUGUAGUGUUUGCUUUGUGAUCAUAUGUGUAAUGUAUAUAUUCUGUAUAGUUACAUUGUAUUGAAAUACUAGCUUGUUUGAUAUAAGAAAAGUAUGUAUUGGGUACCUUUUUGCUAGCCUGGUUGUUUAAUCUUUAAAAAAAAAAUGUUCUAAAAUACAAAAAAAAAAAUCUCCAAACUGGUCCCAUUAUAGGUCAAAACUGAGGGGGGAGAAAAACUAGUUUUGAGUGUCUUUGGAUAGAAACAUGAAGCUAAGAUUUUUCAUUAAAAUAUUAAUGUUUUAUGGAGUA